AUGGGAAGGAAAGGAACUAGCAAAGAUCUUCUUGAAUUGGAACACAAGAAUCCGUCUUCCUCUUCCUCUGCUAUUGAUUCAGCACUUUUGAUCUGUAAGGAGAAGAAGAAGAAGAAGAUGGAGGAGAAGGCUCCUCCAUCGAAGCCAACGAUAGCUCCAGUUCCCAAAAGUGAGUUUCUUGACAAGUUGAAAGGGUUUCUUGGGGUCAUGGCAGAGGCUAACAAGAAACUUGAGCAAGAAGCAGAGGAGGGAAACUCUGAAGCUUUUGAUCUUGAGGCACUUACUGGAGAUGAGACUCAAGUUAUUGAGAUGGAUUUGAUGCUCGGUGUAGCUGAUCUCAACACACCUGAAGCUGUCAAAGCUGCUGAAGCAGCUAUUGCUGGUAAGGGUUUGGUUAAUGGAAGUGGAGAUUCAAGCAGCGAGGUGGAGAGUGAUAGCGAGGAUGACGAAGAUGAUGAUAAGAAGAGCUCUAAGGGUGAAGAAAGUAGUAGAAAACGAGCCAAGAUUGUUGAGCUCUCUUAA